AUGACUUCGAACCCCACUUCCCAGGCUCCUGGCGAGACAAAAGCCGCUCGGCGGGGGCCGCUUUCUUGGGCGCGUCAUCUCUUCCGCGUGCUGAUUGGUCGCUGCCUUCCCAGGACACGCCCAACAGUCCUGAUUGGGCCUCAAUGCCCUUUUGUUAGGGCAAAGGUGGACCGGGUGCUCCGCCGCGGCCUGUCGGGGCGGCCGGCGGCCAGCGCGCAGGCGUGCAGUCUCGAGUUAGGAUUGGUGGGAGGCCGCCUCCUCGCUCGGCGCACGCUCCGUGGGCGGGAAGGGCGGGGCUGCCGCUGUCAGUUGGUCGGAGAGCCGCGGCCUGAGGCGUCCUCCGCAUCCCGCCGCCUCCCGGCGCCUCCGACGCAAGAGCAUUCAUCCAAGAGUGUGCAUUCAAGAGCUGAAAGCCUGUUGCCCAAGAUGAUGAAUGCUGACAUGGAUGCAGUGGAUGCUGAGAAUCAGGUGGAACUGGAAGAAAAGACUCGGCUUAUCAAUCAGGUGUUGGAACUCCAGCACACGCUUGAAGAUCUUUCGGCAAGAGUAGAUGCAGUUAAGGAAGAAAACCUGAAGCUAAAAUCGGAAAAUCAAGUUCUUGGACAAUACAUAGAAAACCUCAUGUCUGCUUCCAGUGUUUUUCAGACAACUGACACGAAAAGCAAAAGGAAGUAAAGGGCUUGCCCCCCACUCUUCUGUGGA